ACACAAAAAAGGAUGAGACAAGUUGAAAUGUAUACUUUACCCAUAAUUGCAGGCUGCGACUUGAAGACACUAAAUUAACUCAGCUAUUUUUGUUUUUUUGUUUGGUUUUUUCGUUUUGUUAUUUAUUUUUAGUGAUUUUCGUCAUAGUAGGUCAUAGCGUAGUAAGGAUUCACUAUGGAGGUCCCUUACAAGUUAGAAGUGAUUGCUUUGACUACAAUCAUCAUUAAACUGGGUGUCUCAGUUUUCCCAUAUUCUGGCAAAAAUGAACCUCCAAAAUUUGGAGAUUAUGAAGCUCAAAGACAUUGGAUGGAAAUUACGGUUAACUUACCCAUACAGGAUUGGUAUAGAAAUACAACAGACAAUGAUUUAUUGUACUGGGGACUGGAUUACCCUCCUCUCACAGCAUAUCAAAGCUACCUAACUGGAUCGGUGGCUAAGAAAAUCAACCAAGACUAUGUAAAACUCCAUGUGUCUCAGGGAUUUGAAAACUUUGACCACCAAUAUUUCAUGAGGAUGUCCGUCCUUGUGUCUGAUUGUAUUUUCUUUGUCAGUGCACUUUAUUUUUACAUUAGAAGCUUGAAGAUGAGUAAUAAGUACAAAUGGGUUUUCUUUGCUUUGUCCUCACACUCUGGACUCACCCUUAUAGAUUAUAGUCAUUUUCAGUACAAUUGUGUUUCGUUGGGGUUGACCUUGUGA